CUAAUAAGCUAUUUUGUCACUCAGAUUUUUGUCCUUGCCGACGAGAAAUUCGAGGAUGUUCGCUACAGUUUUGAUGAGUGGCCGGAGCACAAGUCAGAGAUGCCAUUCGGUCAGUUGCCAGUACUUGAGGUUGAUGGUCAACAACUCGCACAGUCCCAUGCUAUUGCUCGUUAUCUCGCGAAAAAGUUUGGGCUCGCGCCCAAGUGCCCAUUUGAAGAGGCGCUCGUUGAUUCGAUUAUGGAUCAGUACAAGGAUUUCUUAAACGAAAUUCGUUUAAUAUUCAGGGUCCUUGGAGGAGUUGAACAAGGAGAUGUUAUCAAGGCUCAUGCCGAAAAAGUCCGCUCAAAUCCUGCACUCAAGGAAUGGAUUGAAACUCGUCCACAGACAGAUUACUAA